AUGAGUAAGAUUUUCAAACUCAGUGUUGUGUGCACAACAUUAUUGGUGUUUAGCUUUGUGUUCUUUCAUAUAUUGAACAUUAACAAGUCAUCAGCUGAUUCAGAUAACAUGUUGGUCAGAAAUUCGAAUGGAAAGAGAGAAGGUAUUAUCAUUCCACACAAAAACAACUUGCCAAGAGUACUAAUUGUGUUGGGAACAAGACCAGAGGCUAUCAAAUGUGCUCCACUAAUUUCACAUCUCAAGUCAAACUAUUCCUCUGAAUUGGAGGUGAUUGUUCUUAGCACUGGUCAACAUAGCGAAAUUUUGAAACAAACACUUGGUGUAUUUCAUCAACAUGUGGACAUUGACUUGAAGUUAAUGACUCCCAAUCAAAGUAUCUCCUCUUUCUUCACCCUCUCCUUCCAAAAGAUUAGUUUAGAAUUUGAAAGGCAAGGACCAAUUUCCAUGGUAUUGGUUCAAGGCGACACCACUACUUCUCUUGUUGCUGCCCUUGCUGCCAGUUACUUAAAGAUACCAGUUGGACAUGUAGAAGCUGGAUUGAGAUCCUAUGAUUUCAAUAGUCCAUUCCCAGAGGAGUUGAAUCGUAAAAUGAUUGACUCGUUUGCCAGUCUCUUGUUUGCCCCAACCGAUUUCUCUAAAGCAGCUCUUGUUAGAGAAGGUAUCUGUCCACAGCAUGUCUAUGUAACUGGUAACACUGGCAUUGAUUCGUUCUAUUCUUUAAAGUCCACCACACCAAAGAUAAUUCCAGAAUUGCUUCAAAACAUUAAAAGUUUUAAAAGCAAUGUUCUUGAUACCACUUCAUCUACUACUACAUCAUCAUCAGCAGUUGAAUCACAUAGAAUAGUAAUUCUUGUUACCAUGCAUAGAAGAGAAAACAUUCCACACUUUAAAGAAAUGUGUAAUGCCAUCAAGAGGAUUUCCAAUACAUUUGGAAAGAAUGUUAUGGUCAUUCUACCUGUACAUCCAAAUCCAAAUGCUAAGAGUGUAGUCAAUGAAGUCUUAUCAUCAUUGGAUAACGUCCAAUUGGUGGAUCCAAUUGCCUAUGAUAUCUUCCCACAUGUGAUUAGUGAAGCUGACAUUGUUGUUACUGACUCUGGAGGUAUCCAAGAGGAAUCGGCAAGUAUUGGAAAGCCAGUUAUUCUCAUGAGAGAUACUACUGAGAGACCAGAGGGAAUUUACAUUGGUACUAUUAAAAAGAUUGGUGUUAAUUAUCUUGACAUUGUGAAAGCCAUGACUGACGCCAUCAAGGAUUCACAAAAUUCGAAACAAGUUCUUUCGAAACACAUAUUUGGAGAUGGACAAGCUAGUAUGAGAAUUUCAAGAAUUGUUCGUGAUUUUAUCACCUCCAAAUUACCAGAUUCAAGAGAAUGUUCCACUCAAUUCAUUCAAGAUUCAAUUGCAGAAAGUGUUUACACUCAAAAUUUCCUUCCAUUCGAAAUUAGAAAGAAGGAUUUAUUGGAAAGAUCAAAACCAAAGGAGCAACUCACCAUGCAAGAACUAUUCUCAUUACCAAGUACAUACGUUCCAACAAGGAACACCUCUGAUGAAUUUGGUGUCACUGCUGUCGUUGGUUUGUAUAAGAGAACAGGUCUUGUGAAGAGAUGGAUGCAAGCUCUCCUCUCACAAACUCAUCAACCUAAAGUUAUUUGGAUGGUCUUUUUUGCCUCACCUAAAGCUGACGAAAUUGAAAAAGAAAUUCAAGAGGCCAAGUUACUUGCCUCCUCCAACAAUAUUUCACUAUUUGUUAACAAGGGUGAGAUGCAGCUGAAAUAUUUUGGCAGAUUUCAAUUGGCAAUACAAUCACCAACAAGGUAUCUUGCUGUUUUUGAUGAUGAUUGCAUUCCUGAAAGGAGAUUUUUCGAAGCAGCCAUGCACACCAUCAAUACCAAUAAUUAUAGAGGAAUUCUUGGAACGAAGGGAACUCCAAGUGCUGAGGAUUACUUUUUUGGACCUGUCUCAGGUUCAGAACAUAUCAUUGAGGUUGAUGUUGUCGGUGGUAGUUGGUUCAUGGAGAGAGAGUGGGUUAAACUAAUGUUCAGGGAAAAGAUGUUCUCGUGGGCCACUGGAGAGGAUUGGCAUCUUUGUUCCAAUGCGAGAAAGUAUGCCAAUAUUAGAUGUUUCGUCAUGCCAGUUUCUCCAACACUGGAAACAAAUUCAUAUUCAGGUGAUUACAUGAAUAUCAGUAAUAAUGGAGAUACAACUGGUAGAGUACAAGGUACCAGUGAAGGCAGAUCUCUUAUUAUUCAAAAAGAAACUCAGAGAGGAAAUAGAUUAAUGUACUCCUACCGGGGAAAUGAUCAGAGAACUGCUUUCGUAUUCUUGAGUAAUCAAGAAGAAGGAAAAACUAUUCUUACAAUGUUAAGUAGUUUAGAGCUACCAUUCGCCAUUCAGUAUAGUUUAGGAGUUGCUGAUCAAUCUAUAGCCCAAAUUAAUUUGGAUGAAUUAUCCAAGAUUACAAAAAUCAAAUCAUUUAAUGAUUUCAUGUUGAGUAGAGAGUUUGAUACAGCACAAGCAAAUCUGAGUUCUGUAGCUGAAACUAUCUAUCACUUUGACAUGUCCAUUCAACAACAACAAGCCACGGCUGUUAUUUUAGUGGGAAGUUCUCCAACUCCAAGCACAUUAGCUAUCGCAACAGCUUGUCAGAUUAACAAGAUUCCUCUCAUUAACUUUUUACUUUCUGAAAAUUCAAACAAGCUGAUUGAAUCAGUUUCAUUGUUGACUGUUCAUAUUCCAAUAGAAGGAUCGAAUGGUAAUUUGUUGGAUGAAACUCAAAGGUCACUAACAGAAACACUGAUCAAAAUUUUUAAUUGA